CUGUCACCAUCACGAGCCACCACCAUUGUGAAAAACGCGACAGCACAGCAUCUUCUUCUGCUUGUGUGUAUCUUGUCCGCCUAUUCUCCGCAGACAUGACGGACGAGUGGAUAAAAGUCACGGCGAAAUCUGGGCGCCGUCGCCACACCCGUCCCCCCACCUCAUCAUCAUCAUCACCAUCUACGUCACUAAAGACAUCUGAUUCACCAGACCCUGAUAGCACGCCGUCAUGCCGAACCACAGGGCCCUUUCUGUCUGUCGAUGAAAUUGCCCGCCAGCAUAAAUCCCUCCAAACACAAUGGGAGACCUCGACAUCUCGCGAAGCCCUGAUAGCUCUACUCGACAAGCAAUUCGCAGCGACUAGUGACGCUCCCGUUACUAUCCAGGACGCUAUUUGUCUCGGCGCAGGCACAUUUGAUCCUGCAGAUGGAAGCUGGCAGGCGAAGCGCAGCGCCCAUUUACAGGUGCUUGCCUUUGAAACCAUAGUCUCUCAUUUAGAAUCUCUCCUCGAUAAAAAAAUCAUACGCAUUACACAAGAACCAGUCCUUACCCCCAACGACGAAACAUUCCUCAAAACUCAUCUCUCACAUACCAUCCUCCCGUCACCAGAGGCCUUUCACGCCAUCACACCAAAUACCUUGCUCUACGGCAUACAUCUCUACCGGCCCAUCUACGCCGCCGCCUUGGAGAAGUCUCUCCCGGGUAUCUUUGUAGGAACAGACGCUGAUGUCUGGGAUACGGUAUCGAUGGAAAAGAAGCACGAUACGUCGCGGUUACAACAGAUUCACAAUAUAUAUAACAGGGUAACCUUUCCAGAGGAAAAGGGCGGUACGGUGUUCUUGAACACGACAAUCUACUUCCGAAAGGCAGACUCGACAAGUAGCGACGACACGAAGAACGAAAGCACCAAGGACAACAGUACCAAAGAGGACGAUAAAGGCAGAGAUACAACCACACAGAGAGAACCAAAAGAUGCUCCUACGCCAGAGAAGCAGGGCAAUCACACGACAUUACAUACCCAAGACAACAAAAAGGAGGACUUCACCACACAGGACGGAGGCAAAGGAGAAGCUUCAAAGACAGCCACAAUAGAUGACCGAAAGAUUUAGAGACACAUCUAUACACAGCAUCGCACGACUCCAAGAAACAACACGCACCAUCAUAGCAUAUAGACAUUAGCGCACACCAUGUAAUCAAUAUUGUAUAUUCCGUGCCCAUAUAUGUAUAUAGAUAUAUCUACGUACCCGUAUGUCCUCCCUUCUUCUAGCAAUGCAAAUAUAAAACAACCAAGCAAAACAAAAACAAGAAGCAGCUGGCUUCGUUUUGGGCCAUGAGCAAAAAAGAAAAACGAAAACACCGACACACCGACUGGAAUAAAACGCCGGCUCAUCAUCACCAUUCACAUCGUCUCUCUUCAUCCAUCCCGCACUGGCCAAAAUACAUAACAAGCAACAGGUUGGCAUUCCCAUCGCAAAAGCAUAAAACGCAAAGUACACAUCAUCAUCUCCCUCUAUUCGAUCUGUUUUAUACAGUCUUGCCUCCACAGUCGGGAAUCUUGACUCCCUUCUUCAGAUUUCGGUUGACGUCGAGAAUACCCCAUUGGUCCUCCCACUCCUUGCCCGGCUCGUUAAAGCGUACUUUCCACGGCUCGUCAAAGGCAGUAAACCAAAAGUAGUUGAGGUUGUUCUCCAGCGACUGACAGACCCAGUCCGCCAUGAAGCGGUUCAGUUCAUCGAUGCCGGCCACGGCGCCAGGGUCGCAGGUUGUCGCUUCACCGCAGCUGUGGCCGCCCUUGGUGGGCCAGCCAGUCUCAGCAAUGAUACCCUUGCUCUUGUCCUUGAGUAGGAUCGCGUUAUGCGUGUUCCAAAAGUCUAAUGUCCACGCCGCCGACUUGGACGCCUCUGUGCCACUGAAGAAGGGAUGCACGUUGGCCAUGACGUAGUCGCUCGAUGCUGCAAGGGUCGCGUCCCAGUCGUCGCCCAAGUCGGACGUUGCUACCGGGAGAGACAUACCCUUUGCUGUCAGGUUAGUGCGCACACUGCUCAUAAGUGUGCUGAGCUGGCUAAUGGUCAUUUGCUUGCGGAACAGGAUUUCGUUGGCAACAAUGAUGCCCUUGAAAGGAUCCGCUCCGUACUUGUCAAGAAUAUCCCACAUUUGCGCCAGCUGGCGUUUGUUGGUCUUGGCAUCAUUGUCUUGCCAGACACCCAUCCAAAUCUUCAUGUCCUUCUCGAGGCCGAGUUGCUUAAUCGAGUGGAUCACCAUCUCAGUCUGGUUGCAGUCUGUGCCGUAUAGGCGAAUAGUAUUCGUCAGGCGGCUCAGAAUGGCAACAUCACGAGUAACAUUGUUUUGCGAUGGCGCGGCUUUGGUGCAGUCGGGGUAUUGCGUGUUCAUCGGUGUGUAGUCCACACCGGGGAAAACACGAUAGAGGCCCUUAGUGGCCAGCAGCGACUUAAUCUCGGCGCUGUUGGCGUUCAAGUCUCCCUUGCUGUCGUCGUUGAAGCCGGCAUCAGAGCCAGAGUUCUUGCGACCGGCAAUGACGGAGCCAACAACACCUCCGACAAUGGCUCCUACAACAAUGACGAAGCCCAAAACAAUAAUAGCCCACUUCCACUUUUUACUUCGCGGUGGCUUCUCAUUCCAGCUAUCUCUUCGUCCAUCAGGAGACAUAUCACGGGCAAAGACACCGCGGUUCAAUGCGGAAGAGCCAGCGCGGCCACCAGCGGCCGCACCAAUGGCGGCAGCUGCUCCGAUACCAGCUCUGGCACCCUGCCGCGAGGCCGUACGUGAGGCCGUACGCGAGGCACUACGGGAGCCACGGCCAUAAUGAAGGCCAUCGUCGCCGUCAUCCUCAAUCUCGGCUGGGUUGACGACACCCAAGUUGUCGUCGUGUCGCGGAAGUGAGGCAUAGCUCCGAUAGGCUUCUUCUCCGUAAGGGUCCGCCAUGGAUGCCGGACCGCUUCUCGCUAUUGAGAGCGACGAGGCCGAGGAAGCUGCAGCGCCAAACGGGUUAAGUGAUGACCGAGAGUCACGAUCCAGACGGUGGUGACCAGCAGGUGACCCGGCAAUGGGAGGAUAGUAGUUGCUGUUUCUUGGGGAGUUGCUUCCCCUAGAAUUUCUGUUAUGCUGUAAACGUGACGGCGGAGGGGGGAUACGAUUGCCCUGGUUGUACUCGUCGGUAUAGACCUCACGUGAAGCACGGCGCGGACUGUGGUAGGCUAGAGAACCGCUGCCGUUGUCUCUCGAGACAGACUGGCUGUAGUUGUCGAGGUUGUUUAAGCUAAUAUCGUCGGAGCUAUAGUGGACGUCGGGGGUGGCAAGAUCGUACGAAGGAUGAUAUGGCUGUUGCUGCUGGUGCUGUUGCUGCUGGUGCUGUUGCUGCUGGUGCUGUUGCUGUUGUUCGUGUCUCGAGUUGCGGCGGUAGGAAUAGUCGCCGUGUCGUGGUGGAGGUGGUGCGGCAGGAUCUUGGCGGGGGCUCUCGUAUCGCUGGCCGUGUCCUCUAGACGGGCUGGAAGAGGCGGGAGAGUGAUCGCGGUGAUCCUGGUGGUAGUGUGCGUUGUCGUAGUAGGGAGGCUCGUCUGCGGGUGGUGGUGGUGGUUGGGCGUACGAGUUUGGGACAGGUCUUCUGGAAGCUGGCGCCUCAUGGUAGGAGCGUCUGGACGUGGCGGGAUCCAGAGGCUCCCUCUCGUAGGGCUCAUUGUCUGCGUAGUGCUGCAUGGCUGGCAGAGUCGCGGUAACAGAGCAAGCAGGGGAAGGGACGGUGCGACAGAGAUCGCGGUAGUAGUAGAAGGCAAGCAAGACACAGAGGAGCAGGUCCAAGUGGCAAUGCCGACUGUGGUUCCUACUCCAAACAAGACGGGUUUAUGAAUCCGAGUAAAUCGGGGGAGACGAGUAAGAGACAAAGGUGCGCAGUGAUUGAGCGUCCAACGUCCAAACUUGCGGUUGAGCGAGGGUUGACUCUAGUCUUGUUUGCUGUGACAACAGCUGACGAAGGCGACGACUAUUACCACAGACGGCGUACGUGCUGCUGCUGGACAACAGUCACUCUUCUGCUGUGUAUCGGCUGCUUUGCUGGGGUGAAGUUGUCAAGUUUGCAACCAAAGAACGCAGGCGUAGUAUUGGAGGAGGAGGAAGAGGUUGUUGGUUGGCUGGCUUUGUUGGUAGGUGAGUAGCUGGCGUUUUGGGGUCACGAUGCUGGCGGAGUAGCGUUGAGUGCGACUUGGUUGGAGAGAAAGCCAGGUGUCAGGCUGAUCGGGCAGGUUGUAUUGUGUCGUCGAGGAAGCGUGCUGUGUGUCGUAAAGGCCGUGUAGAAAAACGAAGGAAGAGAAAAACACGAGCAGCAAACGCUGAACCAAAGCAGAGGGAAAAGGGAAGAGAAGGG